ACAGGAUCCUUGGAAUCUAAUUUGAGAACUUCGCGAUAAUUUUACUUUUAGUUUUAGCUUCGUAUUUGUUUUCCUGAGGCGUUGCGGUUUGUGUCUGGCUGCUUUCUUCUUCACCAAAAAAAUAAACCUUCGAGGACGAUAGGAGGCAUACCUUCGAUAGCAGCUUUUCGGUUCGUCAGCUGCGGCCCGUCUGCUCCUCGACAUGGAUUUUUAAGAAGUGGUGCCAGCAGGGAGAGUAGUUUUAGUCUGUGUGUAGACAAAAAAAGCUCUCGUUGUUCCCCGAAGUAGUUCCUAUCGAACAUGCCGAAUCGCUUCUCCGGGACCGUCGCCAAGUGGCUGAACCACAAUACCAUGCGUAAAAACGUUGUUCCCAUCACCCCAAAGAUGUCGUGCAAAGAAUUCGUGGGUUUUGCGCUCGCGCCUAACAACGAGUCGCAUGCAUUGAUUUUGCAGCUGCUCAAGGAGAAAAUAGAGCCUCUAGUGGUGUUUCGAAGUUUAGUGUCAUGCUAAUAUAGUAGUCAGGACGAGGACCACAAAGAGCUGGAUUAUUCGUGAUGCUUCUGCCCUGGUUUAAGUAAACGCGAUCUCCUCGCUGCAAAUCCAGAAAGGCCUUUGUCACGCGCGUCUCGGAAGUAUGCUUUUUGAGUUGUAUAGCGGGUUUACCAUGAUAUUGUCUGGACUAUGGGGUGGGUAAGAACAAGGUUUUCCUCAUGAUAAACAAAGGCAUUGGCUUCAUCCGCCCCGACGAUGCAGACAUAUCAAGUGCAAAGAUGUCUGGGUCUGGAAGAGUGCGAGCUUUGUCAUGCUAAUCUGGCUUGACACUGGACUGCCAUUGAUUAUGUUUACAAUUACAAAUACAACCUUCGUGAAGAUCCAGACCCAGACAUAUUUGCAGUGGAUAAAUCGAUGAGGAUUCCGAUCUGCUCGUGCACUAUCAGUAUUCAUUGCAAAUAUCGAAGAUUCGGGUCUGCAAGAUUGCAAGGUUUUGUCAUGAUCGUUGGGCCUGCUGUCUGUGAGGUGUAAAAAACUGACGCAGGUUUACGAAGAUGAGUUUUUAGAGUUCCCAUUGGCUGUCCUGCAACUACAACAUCAACGGAGUUCGUGGUCAGGUCAUGUCUCAUGCUUGCGUGGUGUCUAAUGGUAAUGUUGCACUGUGCUUGGCAUGCACAAUUUAGAUUUACAAUUCAGCGCUGCGAAAAUGAUUUGCAGACCGAGAGAGGAUAUUUGCAGUGGAUAGGCAGCAGAUCCAGCAAGCUUCUGAGGAUGGGUUCAAGUCGCUCUCCCAGGGGUCCAAGGUACAAGAGCUUUAUAAAAAAUACUUCUACGGCAUCAACAUGUUUUGUAGAAGGAUUUGGAUUUCUUCUACUUUUGUAACAAACUUUCAAUUCAUUGUAGACGGCAAACAACGUUUAACAUUUUUUUUGUCGUGCUUGUAGUUGGUGUCUAUUUCUAUUGGAUGCAAAGGAUUUAGACGGGUAAUAUGGUACCAAAAACAAGGUGGAAUACGACGUGGCGGACGAGUAUGGCGGCAUCAGCUGGGAAAACAUCGUCCAAAUGGAGACCGCAACGGGUUGCAAUGCAUGACUUGCAACUCAGGCAAAGUGAAAGUCGUGUCUGCAUUUCUUAGCAUGAGAACAAAGCACAUGAAAAAACCAUUGGUCAACCGCAGCCUGUUUCAUUUUGCGAAGAAAGCUGCGAACAAGAAACAAGACGACAGUACGAGCAGUUUUCUAUUUUGUGCUCCCGAAGAGUUCAUGAAUCACACUCAUAUCGACCUUCGGCCGCGUUGCAGAAAUUUGCGGUGCGCCGCUUAGAGACAAAUGGCAGGCCGACCUGCAUUCUUCACCUGGUUCUGGUUGUAUGUAGUGAGGUUACCGAACGGCUCUAACCAGGGAGUUUUUUUGCCAUAUACCCUGAAAAACGAUCGGCAGUUUUCAAGCGGCCGGAAGCGUUUUUGGACAUAAAAAAUUUUCAAUUAUCAAGCGGGCGGGGCUUUGCCAUCAAACAAGCCCGGUAGAAAACUAUCGAUUCGCACUUGAUAAAACGACGCAGGGGAGCCGGCAAAAGGGGCGCCCUUCUGAGGCGCCCGCCGCCUUGGUUUCUGGCGAUUUGGGGCGCCCAAAAAGGGGCGCGCAAAAAACGCGCCCAAAAUCAGAACAGCGAAACAGCAUGGCACGGCCGCGAUUUCGGAGCAUUUUGGGCGGCCGCGAAAGCGGCCGCCUUUUCGCCGGUUUCAGAGCCUGGGAAGCUUUGCAAAACGCGCCGGCGUGAAAAAUAAAAACGCGAAAAAGAAAAAGCGCCCCAGACGCGCAAAGCCAAUCCGCAUGCUAUGGGCCCGAUUUUCCUUCGCUUUUUGGGCGCCCACCGUGGCACCCGGAUCGGCUCCAUAGCAUGGGGGCUGGCUUUCGGAAAGGAAUUUCGGGAAUUUGCGAAAAUUUGCGACGUUUAUCGAGCGGCCGCCAUACCGUGCGGCCUAACGUUACUCGCUGCGGCAUGGCGAGCCAAGAAAAAGCAAGGCCGCGGCCAAGGCGACGGCCGGCAAGAAAACGCCCACGACCUCACUACCCCCGCCCCGGCGGCUAUAUUUGGUAUCAAGUGAUUCUUCUCGCUCUCCUCUUGACGAUUUUAUUUUCCCGCCUGGCGCUGCCAUAAGGGUCCGAAGGACAGCACGAAAAAAAUCGCGGUCAACGUCUAUGCUGGGUAAAAACGCCCCCAUCAACUCAACACAUUCAUUCGUCAACAAGAGAAACAUUUUGGUUACAAAAAGCGCCUGACUCAACAUCCCUUGGGUGUCUGUGACGAACUCAUUCCAACAACUACUAGGAAGCGACGGUGAAGAAGUAGUUGUAGGGGGCGGGUGCGCGACGGUGAAUAGUACCAAGCGUUGCGGUUCAACUUGUACUGCAGGAGCCACGUUCAAGUCAGGAAUGGCAAAUUUCUUUGCAUAAAAAAGACAACGACCUCAGGGUGGUCGCCGUGGUGGGGACGUUUUGUUUACACAGGAUAAGGCCACCGGUCCGGACGGCAGCGAUUGCGAUCCCCGCCCCAAGUAUGGGGAGAAAAAAAUCUGUGUUUCAUAGCCUUCUAAUUCUUUCUUUGCAAUAAAGACCACCUAGAAGAUGAUGAUGAUGACGCUGAUGGUGAAGAUGAAGUACACAUCUCAAACCUUCUCCAUGCUAGAUAAUUCUGCAGCGAUGGCUAUCUUGCGCUGUGCUUGUUUCACGUGGUAGUGGUACUAGCUCGAAGCGACUCGUCGUACAAGACAAAUUUGUGAUGCUGAUCCUCCGUAGUGGACGACUAACUAACACUAAGUGGAAAAAACCAGUAGAGACAUCACUAGUGAACACUGUUGUUUCUCCUCAAUACCGAGGGCAAGGGAAAAGGCAAGAAGGGAGGUGACGGCAAGGGCAAAGGUACUACUUCUACUUGUUGUGGCGGAGUUGCAUAGAUUUAAAUGGUGGUAAAAUACACGUUUCUGUUUUCCUGUAUGAUCUACCUGGUGAGCAGCAACAGAUUCUGUUCGUAGUCGAAUUCCGUGCAAAUGCAGCAAGAAAAACUGGAGUUUAGUUUAACAUUUUCUUGCGCUGCUGACGAAUAAAUACUAUCCAGUACUAUGGAAGUAAGACGACCUGCACGCGACUUCAGGUAAGGGCAAGAAGGGCAAAGGAAAGGGCAAGGGAUAUCCAAAGUAAACACGUACUUCCCAUCAACUUCAACACGCCAGACUUGUCAUCCAAGUCUGGAUGGCAAAGCCUGCGUUAGCUUAAGUUUCGCAUUUGUAGUAUUUCCUAACAGGUUUCCGUUUCUUUCAACAGUGGUGGUUGGGAGUUUUGUUCCGUCCUGCUCUAAUCAGGAUGAGAAAGUCGCUUCCUCAUGUGCAGCUAGCGCUAACCACGCCUUUGCUGUAGGUACCCGAAGAACUUGUGCUUGUCAUGCGCAGUAGCCAAGCGCUUUUGAUUUGUAUAGCAGUUUGCAUUUAGAAUUUAGUAACCUGACGAUGGGAUAGCAGAUGCGUUUUUGCACAGGAUAGGGGAAAAAAGAAGGGUGGCGACGACGAUGACGACGAGUAGGAUGAUAUCGCGAGAAGAAACUGUCUCCGUCUCAACUUGUAAUGCGGAAACCGCUUGACGCUGCAAUAGCAGGUGUGCGCGCGCUGGCGCUCUGCUCCUACUUUCACACGUGUUUAUCUCCUUUUCUCUUGCGUCUGGCGCAUCCCAGUUUUUGUCUGUCAUGAGGAGCGCAGAGUCGGCUGCACAGAUUUUUUUGAGCCAGGGACAGUUCAGUUCUCCUUGGGAUAGACGAUUCAGCUGGAGCACUUUCACGUCGCACUUCGUCUCUAUGAUAGUGGACAAGAACUCCGCCCCCGUUCAUAGUCGCACUCCAUCAUAGUAUGUAUAAGAACGGAUCGCUGGCAAGGGGAGAGAUUAAGAAACCGAAACAGCAUAUUCCUGUUUCUUCUUCGAGCACGUUAGCUUCUCACCUUUUUUGGGAUGAAGAACAGUUCAGCGGUUUUGACACAACUACGAUUUUCAAGAACAAACUAUUAAGGGACUCCAGUUGUACUGAUUAACCUCAGUAUAAUAUUAAUCUACCUCCGUUCAUCGCAAAAUAAGUACAGCUAUUUCAAAUUCAAGUUUUUGGCGCCCUGUUUUACUACGGAAGAUUUCGAUUUAUUCACAGAAUUUAGCAGCUUCACCUAGCAGGUAGAAACAAGUGGCAGACCCAGACCCACCUCUUCGAAGAAAUUAAGUAGCAAUUUACAACACUUCUAUCGCAAGAAAAAACUGUUUCACUGUGAACUUGUGAUGCAGCAACACAGAACUAUUUGUCUUGCUACACCCGCAGCAAGGCAUUGGAUUUUCAGGCGUGCUUUCCCUUGGGAAGCGCGCAGAGCAAGUUUUCAGAGUCAUGUGUAACAAACUUGUGAUGCAGAUCUUGCAAAAUUGUCACAGUGAAGCAGUUUUUUUGUGGGAUAACUUCUAUAAUGACGUUAAUACCGUUACCGAGGACAGGAACUGCAAGCUCCUAGAAAAAGAAAUAUUCGACAACGUUGAUGUGGUCAGACUUGGGCGAAGUCUUAUGGACCACUCUGUUGACGACGAACUAUGAGCAAUCCUUGGCUGCAACAGAAAUCACGAAAAAUAUUACCAUUUUUUUACUGAAAACUUUUUUAUUUUCUACUCAUGCUGCGUGAGCGGUAGAGAAAAAACGAAGAAGCGUGGCAUUGGCCACGGUGAUAUACUUCUUAUUGACGGGCGUGUCGACUCCUCUGCCGCUUCACUAUGCGGUGCAAAAUUUCGCCGAAUUACCAGAUUUCAAUUUGAUGUCAUUUGCCCGCCGCAAACGCAAGCACGGAAAUUGACAGGCCUAGGAUAUUGUUGUGAAGAUUUUACUUUACUUUGUGAAAGGAGGUACUUCUAGACGGAU